UGAGUGUGGAUGUUUGUCACUCUUUCACACAAAAACUACAGAACGGAUUUUGAUGAAAGAUUACAGUAUUAUAGUUUAUACAUCAGAAUAACACAUAGGCUAUAAUUUAAAAAGAUAUUUUGUAAAAUAUAAUGAUAAAUGUCAAGUGGGAUGCAGACGAAGUUGCGCGGGUCAGCUAGUGUUAAUGUAAAAAUGAUACGGCUCGGGAAAAUUGUGUGGAACGUGCGGCCAAGUGUGCGUGAGGCUGUGGAGCGAGGAAGUGAAAGUCUGGCGGCACCCACCGACCACGUGCGCGGCUGACACUUGCUGCCGCACGACGUACCACGCACUCGCCGCUCACAUUACCCUGUUACCUAAUUUCACUAAACAAGCACAUCGUAAUUUUUACUAAUUGUACACCACGUCAAUAUCUCAAAUAGGAAAAACAUUAGAUAAACAAAGCGAGAGUUCAACAAUGUUUUCUAUUGCACCACUUGUAAAUCAUAACGUUUUAACAAUAGAGUUGAAAUUGCACCAUCCCGACCGCAUUUCGAUUGGCACGCGUGUGUAGAGCGUGCCGCUUGCCGCGUCACCGGGCCGCGGGCGGGGGCGCGUGCAUUCGAUCGCUGGCCGCUGCAAUGGCAUCGAUCGCGCACGCCCCAUGCUACGUCGCCGCAACUCGCGCUCUGAUUGGCGGACGCCGCCGGUCACGUGACCCGCGCGCUGUUUCCUCAUUGGGCGAUAGUGACGGCGGCCACGUGAGCGGCGCGCGACGCGCGUGGUCAGUCGCGGCGUGACAGCGGGCGCGCUCGUACUGCGCGCGGCUGUGCCGCUUCCCGACAUGAGCCUCCUCGAUACCGCAAACACGCUCCUAGAAGCGGCGCGCUUCAUCGAGCUACAGGAGCGGCGCCUCCAGGCCGAGGAGGAGCCCAAAUCGCCGGUUUCGGUGCGGGUGGUGACGGGAUUGUCGGUAACACCGCGCAGCAACGGCGUGGUGCGGCCGACGUCGCCGGUGCCGGUGGCACCUCCCUGCACGCCCGCGCCUUCGCUCGCCGCUGCCGCCCCGGAUCCGGUCGUCGCGCUGGCUGCCACCGCCCCCGCUCCUCUCGACUUUGUACAAGAACAUUCCAGGCCACGAACGACGAGUAAUAGUCAUGGGCCUCCUCAAAUACCAUCCCCACCGUCAGUAAGCAGUAACGGCAGCGGCAGCGGCAGCAGUGGUAGCAGCAACAGCGCCCCCCGCGCCGGCACCCGCGAAGUGCACAACAAACUGGAGAAGAACAGGCGCGCACACCUGAAGGAAUGCUUCGAACUGCUCAAACGACAACUACCAGCCACCUCGGAUGACAAGAAGACGUCUAACUUGUCUAUACUCGGUUCGGCCAUCAGGUAUAUUCAGGUGCUUCGUCGUAAAGAACGCGAGUGCGAACAUGAAAUGGAACGUCUGGCUCGUGAGAAGAUUGCGGCACAACAACGACUCGCCGCGUUGAAGAGAGAAGUGUCGGUGCGUGCCACUGUGCGCCCACGUAGCAUUGAUUCGUCAAGUGAAGAGAAAGAUGAAAGUAUGAAUGGGCAAAUUUUAGGAAUUCCUAUAAGUAUUACAUCUUCGCCUCCGCGUUCCGUUGUUACUAGAAUGGAGGCUUCACCCCCCCGCACUCUAAACCUAAGCACUAAAUUGCGUACGCUGCCGAUACAAAUAACACCAACUACCUCGCAGGUUGUUCGGACUUCAUACGGUUCUAGACACAACACUCUGACCCUGACCACACUCGCUCCUGCCGAUGGUCCUACGCAGAACGGGCAAUCGGUGGAAAACGGGGUGGCCAACACUCUGAGCACUGCCUUAGUCCACCCCGCUCAGAUUCAUCUACCCUUGUCACAGGUGGUGGGGAGUGGCGGUUUGGUUGUUGGUCCUGCGGCGUUGCAGUUACUGUCUACUAGCGGCGGACUGAGAGUACUACAGGCGCCAACGAUCCAUACCAACGGUAUUUCCACGGGAGAUACCAAUAGAAUACCUAAGGAGAAUGGUAUAGUGUCGCCGACGCCCGUAUCUACAGAAGGCGGCAGCGUGGUGGUGAGCGGGUUAACUCCUCUGGUUGUCUCGCAGCCCGCUGCACACUUGUUACAAACGCAUACGCUCACACACAAGAUGGUGGAAACCCAAAUGGUGAAGGGCACUGUGGCGCCGCUGACGGUGAGCGCGCAGUACUUAAGUGCCACCACGAUCAUGAAGCCGGUGGUGGUGGUCUCCAGUUCUCACACCACCACCGCAGCCGCGCCCACGCAGCCCGCGCCGCCCACGUGAGGGUACCGCCACGCACGCCUUCAUGCCGCGUAAACCUCCUAGCGCCUUAUCGACGCCCGGUACUUGAGACUUGAGUAGUUAAAUAAAUUAUCAGUGUUGCCAGCUUUAUUGUAUAGAAGGAAAUGGAAAAUUCAUAGAAAUUGGAAGAAAAAAGAAAAGAUCGUUGAAAACUAAACUACUUUUAAGACGACGGAACUGAAGACGUAUGAAAAAGACGUAAAAAUACUUUCCGAAUAUCAAUUAUUACG